AUUUUACACUCUCAAUGAGCGAUAGUGAAGAAAUGACUCAUAGCAGUGCGAGAAGCAACAGCGAUGAGCCUAAAGACAAGGGCAAUUUAGUUUAUUACCUAUUUAUUCUGUUUGGGAUUGGAGCAUUGCUUCCAUGGAAUGCUGUGCUUACAGCUAUUGACUUCUUCUACCAGAGCUUUCCAGGACAUGAUCCAGGGUUUGUGUUUGCAUUGACUCUGAAUGGGCCUAACUUCAUCUUCAACUUUGUCAAUAUUUUUAUUGUUAAGUAUGUUUCGCUGAAGGUGAGACUUUGUAUAAGCUUGAUCUGUAUCUUUGCUCUCACUUGGGCGAUGCCUCUUAUUGCAAACUUUAUGGGGACAUCAACUGGGUGGCCAGUGAUCUUGGUGGUCAUUGUAUUUUUAGGAGUGGCCAAUUCCUUUGCACAAGGAGGUAUCUUUGGUUUCUCAGGAAUGUUUCCCUUUAAAUACAUUGGAGCAGUAAUGUUCGGGAAUGGAUUCUCUGGAUUAGCAAUGAACAUCUUCAGAAUGAUCACUCUUGCAAUAUUUCCCCCUAAAGAGUUAGCUGAAGGAGAGGAAGAUAAUUCAGCCUUCAUUGGAUGCUUGAUCUACUUUGGAAUUGCUUCACUUAUCUUAAUUAUAGUUUUAAUCGGUUUCUACAUUGUCAUUGGAACUGACUUUGCAAAGUAUUACAUAAAGAAAGCUGAAGGGGAGCAGGCUCAGAGAGCAUUAUCUAUCAAUGCAGCAGCUCGUAGUGCAGGUAGUUUUGGACAUACCGAUGCUUUGAAGGAGUUUAGUCACAUCGAAGAGGAUUAUGAGAAACUUGAUAAUGAUGAUCCGAUCCCAGAAAAAGAAAAAUCCUUUAUGGAAGUCUAUUAUGAAGUAGGAUUUAUGGCUAUUCAGGUUUUCCUAUGCUUUGUUAUUUCUUUCGUUGUAUUCCCUGGCACUCAUUUAAGUACUCAUUUCGACUUUUUGGGUGACACAGCAAAAGAUCGUGCAUGGUUCACAGUGCUAAUGAUCACAACCUUUAACGUAUUUGAUACUAUUGGAAGAUUUGCUGGCGGAUUUGUGCAAAUAUUUUCUCCAACAACUGUGUUCUCGCUCACUAUAUUCAGAUUGAUCUUUAUUCCAACAUCUGUGUUGAUCCAGUUAAACUCCAACCCAGCAUGGAUCUUCCAGUCAGAUUGGUUCAGGAUAUUCAAUAUGGCUGCAUUUGCCAUUAGCAAUGGCUACAAUUCUACUCUAUUGAUGAUCUAUGGCCCCUCUUUUACAGACAAUAACAACAAGGAAAGAGCUGGGAUGAUCAUGAGCUUCCAUCUCGUUGGAGGUAUCUUCGUUGGCUCUCUGAUCUCUUCAUUCGGAAUGAAAUAUGUGGGUUAG